GCGUCGUGUUGCAAAUUGGGAUAAUGUCAUUGGGCUGAAGCUUGGUUAUAGUACCCGUUUUGGGGGUAGCCGUGGGCCUGGGGGAAUGGGAGAGGAGAGAACUGUUGAUGUGACCUCAUCAAACAAAAUACGAUACUGCCAAUGGUAGACUCUGACGUGGACCUCUGAGGCUAUUCACGCGUUGAAACCUCGGUACUCCACGUGGGAUAACGCUGCUGCCGUGGGAUGGCUGUCUGUUGUCGGAUUGACCAAUCUACCUGAGAGAGAAGCAUAAUCAGAUCUUUUGCCUGAUUUGGGCGCCUAGUCAAAGAAGAGAGUCUUCCCGACAGCCCAGAUCUCACCUGCAGAGAUAUCCCUGUAGGGGUCGGCCGCCAUUUCUUCCAGUCCUUGCAAGCGUGUUAUCACAGCCUUUUUCAGUGAUUGAGUCCUUGCUGUACAUAUGCACUGGCAGGCUGGGCAUGCAUCAUAUCGAGCAAUUGAGCGCGUGUUCGAACACCAAGAGGUUUACUGAAACAGAGGAGGCCUCCCCCUCUUAUUCGGACAACGGAUAGAAAGGCACACGAACACACACCUUCCCAACGGCGACAGUUUCAACAUCAUGAUGCCUCGACUGAAAGAAAUGUGUCGUUAACCAAUCGUUCCGGCGUCGUGAUUGUGCCCUGAAGCCUCUAAGCGGGCAAACUGCCGCCAUCUCGGCACUGAAACCCUCGAUGGCUUAAGUCUAUUCACUGGCGUGGAUAGCAUGGAUAACUGUCUGGGCUGUGGCAGUGUGAGCGAAACCUUAAGUUAAUACCUUCAUCUCAUGCUUGACAAGGAUUAACCAGGGCGGAUCCGACAAAAGAGCUGACGACAACAUCGAUCCCUUCCCUUGGGUCCAAGCCUUGGGCUCAAGGGAUCCGUCCCUUUGAGCCAGGCUAACUAAUGGCGGCACUUGUAAUGUCAUCUGCCGGGUCUCCUUGGUAGUAUUCGACUUUGUAAAUCGCCCCGUACCACCGGCACCAGGCUUUGUAUCCCACAGCACUGCCGUGGCUUUGCGGCGCGUAGCGUCUGUAGCCCAGUGGACGAUCGUCUCAAUAUAGGAAUGCCCCCCUGGUCUAUCUCCAGCUGUGCUUUGUUUGUGCUUAUUAUAUUUAGUGCUUUCAUUGUCCCCUCAUGUAAGAUUUCUAUCUCCUCACUCGCAGUAAAAAAUAAUUCCCUUCUCUUCACUUCACCUGUCUCUGUUUCAUUCCAAAUAAUACCAUGAAGUCAACUUUCAGCGCAUCAUUAGCGGUGCUUUGUAAGUCGUCCCCGUCAACUCAACGCAUCUCUCCCAUCCAACUAACAGUCCUCCUUCAGCUGCUGCCAGCAGUGCACUCGCUGUCACAUCCUCUUUCUGCCCGGACAAUGGCAACGUCUGUUUCCGUUGGGGUAUCCCCGAGGCUUCUGCAAGCGCGGGAUCUGGCAGCUUUUACUUCCAGAUCAAGGCACCAACAUCCGCACAAUGGGCAGGACUAGGCACUGGAUCCCAAAUGGCUGGAUCCAACAUGUUCAUCAUUUACCAAGACGGCAACGGCAAUGUCACCCUGAGCCCAAGGAGAGGUGUCGGCGAGGUCAUGCCCCAGUACACGAAGCGAAGCGGACUCGAGCUCCUCGACGGUUCCGGAAUCAAGGACAACCAGAUGAUCGCCAACAUUCGAUGCAACAACUGUGUUGACCUUAGUCUCAAGGGCACGAGCUCGUGGAUCGCAGCUUGGAAGAAUGGAAAUUCCCUGGACUCGACAAGCAUGGAGGAGCGCAUCUCUGAGCACGACACCCAUGCCGACUUCAGCGUUGACUUUUCCAAAGCCACGAUGAGCUCUGACAGCAACCCAUUCACCGGCAGCAAUGAAAACACCAACUCAAACUCUGGUUCUAGCUCUGGCGGUGCUGUGACACAGAACGGAAGUGGCAGCCCCAGCAAAACUGUUCUGCGCGCUCACGGCAUCAUCAUGUCGAUUGUCUUCAUUGCUGGAUAUCCUCUGGGCGCCAUCCUUAUGCCCAUGCUUGGAAAGUGGCUCAUCCACGCGGGCUGGCAAGUUGUCAUGUUGCUCCUCAUGUGGGCUGGAUUCGGCCUUGGAUACGUAUAUGCUCGUGAUGGUGGCUACUGGGGAAAACAAGCUCACACAAGAAUGGGCACUGCUGUUUGUGCCUUGAUGACCCUGCAGCCUGUCCUCGGUUACAUGCACCACCGGUACUUUGUGAGCCACCGCAAGCGAGGAGUUGUCAGCCAUGUUCACGUCUGGUUCGGCCGAGCUCUCAUCAUCAUCGGUAUCGUCAACGGAGGCCUUGGUCUUCAGCUUGCCAACUCAUCCACUGCGUACAUCAUCGCAUACUCCGUCAUUGCCGGUAUCGCUGCCAUCCUCUACCUGGCUGCUGCCUUUAUUGGUGAGAGGCGAAGGAACGCUUCUCGUGCUAAGCAAAUCUCUCCGCAGAUGUCUCAGGAGGAGGCACGAUAAACUGUCUCGUCAACCUAAAAGAGGAGUAAUAUGGUGGGGCUGUAAUGCUUAGAAGGUGUUUCGGAUAUCGGGACUCGUGAAUUGUGAUACCAUAGAUCUUCAGUCCAUUGGGACUGGAUCUGAUAAUCGGCAAGAUGUUUUAACUGCGAUGUCAAUCGUUCUCUUCUUCUUUUUUGUUACCUUGAAAUUUUUUGACUUAGCAUAUACCAUACCAAUAGACUGGAUGAAAUCAUUAGAUCAAACAUUUUUGGUGAGCAUUGUGUUGUGCAACCUGGUUAGCAUAAGGCUUUGGAAGCUGUUGCUUAAUUGAUAUUCGAAUAUAGAAAACUGCGACAACUGGAAAGAGCUGUCGACAGGAGUGUGGUAAUAAGCAAGACUCUACCAGUUUACAGUAGUUGGAUAUUUUCUUUCGAACAAAUUGAGCAUUAAAAUCCAUGCUGGCUG